AUGGAUCAUUUGGCAAAUGAAGCUGAAAUUGAAGGUUUAAGACCUGGACGUGUUAUAAUACUUCCAUCAAGUUUUCAAGGAAGUCCAAGAGCAAUGCAACAGAAUUAUCAAGAUGCAAUGGCAAUCGUCCGAAAAUAUGGAAAACCCGACUUAUUCAUCACAUUUACCUGUAAUCCAACAUGGAGAGAAAUCGAAGAACAGCUUUUUCCUGAACAAACUCCAUCCGAUAGACCUGAUCUAAUUACCAGAAUCUUUAAACUCAAACUUAAUGAACUUAUUGAUGAUAUCUUCAAGAAACAUAUAUUAAGACGAACCAUAGCCAAUGUCUUCGUAAUCGAAUUUCAAAAGCGUGGCUUACCACAUUGUCACAUGCUUAUCAUUUUGGCCAACGAAGAUAAGCCAAAGGAUGAAAAUCACAUUAACCAUAUCGUCUGCAGUGAAAUGUCAGAUCAUGUCCAAUUUCCACAAUUAUAUGAAUGUGUGAGAAAGCAUAUGAUUCAUGGACCAUGUGAAGCAUUAAACCCACAUUCUCCUUGCAUGGAAGAUGGCAAGUGCUCAACAGAAUUUCAAAAUGAUACUCUUCCGAAUAAGGAUGGAUUUCCACGAUAUCGAAGAAGAGAUAAUGGAAUUACUAUGACUAUUGACAAGUAUGAAGUUGACAAUAGAUGGAUAGUUCCAUAUAAUCCAUAUUUACUAAUGAAAUACAAUGCUCAUAUUAAUGUGGAAAUUUGUGCAACUGUGAAAAGUAUCAAACAUUUAUUUAAAUACAUUUACAAGGGACAUGAUUGCGCUAACAUUAAAUUACAACGACCAGUUCAAGAAGGUGCUGCUGCUGCUCAAGGAACUUUGGAAUGGGAUAAAAUUAAAGCACAUCUCGAUGCAAGAUAUGUAAGCGCACCUGAAGCUGCAUGGAGACUUUUUGAAUUUCCAUUACAUGAUAAGUCUCAUGCUAUUAUCCGAUUAGCCGUCCAUCUUCCAAAUCAGCAGCCAGUUUAUUUUGCUGAAGGAAACGAACGACAAGCAUCGGAAAGAGCUGCUAUGAAAGACACGACACUUACUGCAUGGUGCAAAUUAAAUUCAAAAAAUCCAGAUGCACGACAAUAUCUUUACCAUGAUAUUCCACAGCACUUUGUUUUUGAACGUAAUGAAACAUGGAACCAUCGACUACAAGGUGAAAACGUCAUCGACAGCCAAGUCUGUCAAACAUUUAUGGAAGCUGCUAAAAGACGAGAUCUAUUACGUGAUGAUACUGAAUAUGAAAGAUGCAUGUCUGAAGCCGUUAUCUUCCAGAUGCCACAACAGCUAAGAACACUUUUCUGUGUGAUACUUCUAUACUGUAAUCCAACAAAACCUGUAGACCUCUGGAAUUCGUUUAAAGCACAUAUGGGCGAGGACUUCAUGCAACAAGUGGAUGCUGAAACAGCAGAAGCAAUGGCAUUUUAUGCAAUCGAUGAAAAGCUGAAAGAACAAGGCCGAAGUUGCAGUGAUUUUGGUAUGCCAUCACCAACAUCUGUUCCUUAUUCAGUUGAAUGA